CCGACGCGGCGCCACCCGAAACGGCGGGUUCCGCCGCCGAGGAAGCCCAGCUGGUGGCCGACGUGUUGGCCAGGCUCAACCGGGUCACCCAUUUGAUCAGGCUCAACCUCAGGCACAUCAACGACACGCUGGAAAGGAUCCUGUUAGACAAGCCUGACGUGGAGGAGUUGGAGAUGAUGUUGCAGGCCUUCGAAGCGAGGUUAGCCAACGGCUGAGGCUGGAAGUCAGGGGCCGCCCUCGCCAACCUCCCACCACGACGAGUCUCUUCUGCCAGGCCUGCCCAGCCCUGCUCUGCCCCCGGGGCCUCCCCCGGCCUGGAGACGGAGGCUCCGCCCUGCAAUCAAUAGCGAUAAUAAACCUGCCAAAAAGGAGUGGCCCGCGCCCACCCAUAUUCCAUGGGCAGGGUCGGCAUCCGGGGGACGAUCCAGUCCGGCGGAGGAAGUGUGAUCGGCGGGCCCAGGGAGGCGGCGGCAUGGCCGGCGACCCGCUGCCCACCCUGCUGUGGGCCCAGGAGGCCGGCCAUGUACUGGCCGUCCGGGCCCGGAGGUUCCUUCUCCAGGCCGGGAUGCUGGCCUGCACCGUCCUGCUCCUGCUCUGGGUCUCCACCUUCCUCUACGGGUCCUUCUACUACUCCUACAUGCCCACCGUCAGCCACCUCAGCCCCGUGCACGUGGGCUACAGGUCGGACUGCGAUUCCCCAGGCCCCAGGCUCUGCUCCUUCCCCACUGCCAACGUCUCCCUGGUGAAGAGCGGGCGAGAUCGGGCGCUGAUGUCCGGGCAGCCGUACCGCAUCUCCCUGGAGCUGGAGCUGCCCGAGUCCCCCGUGAACCAGGAGCUGGGCAUGUUCAUGGUGACCAUCGCCUGCUACACCCGGGGCGGCCGCGUCAUCUCCUCGUCGGCUCGCUCGGCAAUGCUGCAUUACCGCUCGGCCCUGCUGCGCUACUUGGACACGCUGGUCUUCUCCAGCCUCCUCCUGACGGGUUUUGCGGAGCAGAAGCAGGUGCUGGAAGUGGAGCUGUACGCCGACUACCGCGAGGACUCGUACGCACCAACCACGGGGGCGGUGAUCCAGAUCCAGAGUAACCGCAUCCAGCUGUACGGGGCCCAGCUGCGGAUUCACGCCCACUUUACGGGGCUCAGGUACCUGCUGUACAACUUCCCCGUGACCUCGGCCUUCGUCGGCAUCGCCAGCAACUUCACCUUCCUCAGCGUCAUCGUGCUGUUCAGCUACCUGCAGUGGGUGUGGAGCGGCGUCUGGACCCGGGACCGCUUCUCCCUGCAGGCGUACAUCCGAGACAGGGACCGUUCCCGGCAGGAAGCCCAGCGCAAAGUCGCCGCUCACCAGACAGGGCUGCGGGAGGAGGAAGAGGAGGAUGAGGAGGAAGAGGAGAAGGGACCAGAGCCGCAGUCGCCUGACGAGGAGGGCCCGGAGCAAGAGACCAGCGAUGGUCUGGGGGCUUGGGAGGAUGCCACGCUGCCGACGGAGGCCAACCCGCCCCCGCCGCCUCCCGAGACGGUGGGCAGCGCCGAGGCCCCUUCGCCGGCUCUCCGCCACCGACCCACCUGCUCCAGCUCCUGAGGUCACCGCGGCCCACGGUCCCGCCUUCCCCCUCCGUAAUAAACUCUCUUUUCUCCGGG